AUGGGGCAGGCGAUCCUAUACACAGUACUAACCAUAAUCCUGCUGUGUGAAUUUCAUGUCGUCGAGGCUACCCUUCAAGAAGUCAUUCACAGCAAUACAAUCCUCAUCAACAGUUCCGUAGCAUUCUUAGACAAAUGGAGUAUCCUGGGGCCGUUCAGGAUCGGAACCCGAGAGGCAAUAUGGGGUGCUGAUCCAGUAGAGCAGUUUGGCGGUAUAUUUGAUCUCAACGACAACGACACUGUUGCCUAUCGUUCCCCCCUUGCUCAAAACGCAACUGUUAGGUGGAACCCGCGCACGUUCCGCCCUGUUGUGUCUGAGGCAACAACAACUGUUGACCUGGUAGUCGACUUUCCGGAAGUCGACUGGGACUUUGCACAGAAGAUCUACGGGUGGUCUGCACUUCAAUACCAGGCCUGGGUUAGGGGUGGCAUCUGGAAUGAUGGCGGAAGUUGCCGCCGAGUGAGCAUCUAUCCAGAAGGCAUCCUAGAGCUCUGGUUGAACAAGCAACACAUAUUCGGAGGCGACUUUUAUUCAUUUGGGCACGCACCUAUCGUGUUCGAACUUGUGCCGGGCUUCAAUCUUGUGAAUGUGCGUCUCGUCCGCGAUGUACGGUCAAUGGGCGGUUCUUCACCGCCAACAGCACAUGCUAGGCUUCGGGCUGAAGUCGUGGCUGCUGACAUCGAUAUAGUCCAUGACAGUUUGGUGCUACCGGAUGUGAUAGCAGGCCGGUUCGCUGGUCGUUAUGGGAGUGUGGUCGUCAGGAAUCAAGCAGCUGCCUGGAUCAGCGUCAAGAGUGUCCGAGCAAUCGCUGAUGAACAAGCUGCGGUGGCCUUUGAAGGAAGCGUGGCGGUUGCUCCAGGUCAAUCACGCUUAGUGAGAAUGCGAAUCGACAACUUGAGAGACCCAGCGAAGACGAUAAAACUUGUGUUCAAUUAUGCAUUUCCAGACGCCAACCCGCGCAGCGUGGCGUAUGAGGCUCAACUGAGGCAUGCGAAUCAUUCGUCUCUGCAAAAGUUAACGUUCCUUCAUCCAAGUGGUGCAGUAUCUUAUGCAACGCUGAGACCACCACCAAGAACGGUAGACAGAGAAGCACCCAUCCUCCUGAAUCUCCAUGGUGCGGGAGUCGAUGCGGAUGGAGAUCUAGCACGACAUAUGUUCGAGGAUGCGCCUCACCUGCCGGCAUGGGUCUUAACUCCAACUGGGAUGACAUCCUGGAGCAGCGAUGAUUGGCAUACAUGGGGGUUCGCAGAUGCGCUCACAGCGGUUGACGCUAUCACAGAGUGGGUCAGUCUUGUUAAAUGGCAGGGACCAGACCCAUAUACUUCGAGGAUCUUGGUUACAGGUCAUUCGAAUGGCGGCCAAGGAACCUGGUACUUUGCUACGCAUCAACCUGACCGCGUUCUUGGGGCGGCGGCAGCUUCAGGAUACUUGUCCAUCGAUAAUUACGUCCCGUAUGUCUAUUGGGCCGAAGCAGAUCCCCUCCAAGCUGCUAUCCUCCAUACUGCAAGGAGUAAUUUCCGUCAUGAGUUGCUGGCUGAGAACUUAGCGGGGAUCCCGAUUUUCCAACAGCAUGGCUCUGCCGAUGACAAUGUCCCUGUCUAUCACUCUCGAUUGAUGAACACUUUGCUUUGUCAGGCAGGCAUUGCAGCCAAAUACUCCGAGAUGCUUGGAAUAGGUCACUGGGUCGAUGGCACCAUGACAACCCCUCCCAUGAUUGAGUUUUACUUGGCCCACUUGAAUGGUUCCGAUGUCAUGUCCAAGGCGCCCGAUGAGUUUGCUUUCGUGGUCCCAAAUUCUCAUGAUAUGGGCUCCAAAUACGGUAUCGUUGUCGAUCAAUUGUCCUCGCCCGACAGAAUGGGCCAUAUCAGAGUCUCUAUUGCCCAGACUGAGUCGGUCAUUCGUUGGCAUCUGAGGACGCAGAACAUACAUCGUCUGCACUUUGAUCCUAGUGUCCAGAUCCCUAAUUCGCCAGAUGAAGUUUUGCUUGAUGGCAUGACCCAUGCCUUUCGACUUACAAGGAAAAUGAGAUCGAGGUCCCUCGUCCAAACAGAAAACAAGCUCUGGGGUUGGGAAGUUGCCCUGGACUGGAGGCAGUUGGACCAGCGGUACGGUCGCCAAAGAGGUGCACUGGACUCGAUACUUCGCAGCCGUGGCGCCUUUGAGAUCGUCUCGUGCUCUGCAAAAACCUUUGCCCUCGCAGUUCAGGCAAGUAGGAAUUUCCUCCAGUACUUUGGCGCAGACUCGAAUAUAGUCACUCUCGAAGAGUACGCGGAGGCGCUGUCGAGAAGGGGUAACCUCAUCACCAUUGGGCUUGGAACGAGCCUUCCUCGCUGUGACCUGUCUUCGUUUCCUAUCUCACUUCAACAUGACGGGCUAUUGCUGACAACAGGCUUUUCAAACACCAUUUCGAUCCCCUUUCGGUCCGGUAUGGGCGGCGUGUGGUUGCGCCCUCUUUCCCAGGAGCGACUGGAAUUGGUGGUUUGGGGGCAUGACGAAGACGGUCUGAGACAAGCGAUGAGGCUGGUUCCAACGCUGACCGGAGCUGGACAACCUGACUUCGUGAUCUUGGACAACGACGCCAGAUGGAAAGGCGCUCGGGGUGCUAUAGCGAUGGGAUUCUUCGACCGUGAUUGGAGAAUAUCGUCUGCUUCAUAUUUGCCAUAG